CAUCACUUGACCCAGCUUGAAUCACGCUCGCUAUCAAAAAGAAAUCUACAAACUUAGCCUUCAUUUGACUACAGCCCGAAUCUCAUCGAUACUUAACUCCGCUCGCUCGUGACUCUCCCAUACAAACAAUGAUGGCCUAUGCUCCAGGCUUCGCCGCUGACGGCCGUCAGCUCUCUCCAGGAGAGGUCAUUGUGGAGGAGACUCCUCGACAGCCACAGGAAGAGGAGUGGCGCGAGGAUUUGAAUGUCUUGAUGAUAUGCCCCGAUUGCAGGGAAAACCCGCCCAACCUAGUAGAGGAGUUCUCCAACGGCGACACCGUCUGUGGCUCGUGUGGUAGAGUACUGGCAGACCGCACAAUAGAUACGAGGAGUGAGUGGCGAACCUUCUCGAACGACGACCAGGGCAACGAUGACCCUUCUCGUAUCGGAGACGCUGCCAACCCUCUUCUGAACGGCUCCCAGCUGCAUACUGAGAUUGGUUUCGGUGACGGCGGCCUGCGGGUUCGGGAACUGUCUCGCGCGCAGAACAAGAGCAACCUUGACAAGUCGAACAAGAAUCUGCAAGCCGCAUACAACCAGAUCAGCACGCUCUGUGAGAGUGCCAAUAUCCCCAAGGUGGUUGCAGACACCACAAAACUGCUAUACAAGAAGGCGGAUGACCAGAAGAUCUUCAAGGGCAAGUCGCAAGAUGCGAUCAUUGCGGGCUGUAUUUUGAUUGCCUGCCGACAACACGAAGUCCCUCGAUCCUUCAGAGAGAUCUUCAAGUUGACAAGUGUCUCCAAGAAAGAGAUUGGACGUACCUUCAAGACCCUGGAAUCCUACCUUUCCAAGGAGCUCCAGACCGAGAAGGGCCCCAAGACUGCUGGCAACGGCGCCAUCAUGAGCUCGUCUUCGUUCAAGCAAACUGCGUCGACCGAGGCAUCAGCGCUUAUUGGGCGUGCUUGCAAUAAGCUGGGUCUUUCGCAGCAGACCAGCAUUGUGGCGCAGGAAGCCGCAGCAAAAGUCACUCGCCUUGGCGUGGCCGCAGGACGUUCACCCCUCUCCAUCACUGGCGCCUGCAUCUACCUCAUCGCACAUUUCAUGGGCCAACCACGCAAUCCAAAGCAGAUCGGCGACGUGGUCGAUGUGUCCGACGGCACCAUUCGCACUGCAUACAAAAUCAUCCACGCCUCGCUGGACGCAAUCAUUGAGCCUGCCUGGAUUGAACGCGGCGGCGACAAGUCAAGGGUUCCGGCUGCGUAGAAGUCAGCAUGAGAGUUACCUAGACCCGCUCCAACUCCACAGCCUCACGCCCUCACCGGAAUAUGCUUCCCGUGGUUGCAUGAGAAUUCUGCCUGGAAUACCUCUUAUUUCCUCAACGAAAGUCGCAUUUUUGCAUGGGUGGAGUUUUUUUGUUCAUUAAAUACCUCAGAAAGAAACCUUCACAGGCUUAUCCCAUUUCGGCGUUAUCAACACAUCUUAUUCAUUCCUCUUACACAUGCUUUUGGGUCUUCGGUCCUUUUUUGGUUCUGUUUUAUCAUUUCAUUCAAUAGAUUUAUCAUCAACGGUGCGGUUUGGUU